AUGACAAGCUUGUCAGAUUCCACUAACUCGAAGAAGCGCAAGUCGGACGCUUCUACUGGCUCUAAGGCCAAACGCGCCCGCACUGGCGCCGCCGCCGCGGUAGACGCUAUCCUUGCGAACCCCGACUCGUACGACGUCCCUGAAGACAAAGAUACGGCCCGCAAGCUCCUUGUUGAGCUAGCCGAAUAUGCGAGGAGUCUUGAGGGAGCGCUUGCUACCAGCGGGUCGGCGGUGCAACCCAAGUCUAAGGAAGAACUCGAGGAGGCCGCAGAGAAAGUUAGGAAGGCCGCUGUCAGUGGUAUCAAGAAACAGAUGAAGUGGAAGGACUCUUGCAAGACGGGGACGGCGAAGUGGUCGUACGAUGGCAUAUGCCCGGACCCUCUGGUCUUCGGCACAAUGAUGGGACUGGGUGGACCUCCCAAGUUCAAGACGAAGAAGAUACCCAAGGACGAAUUCGAGAACUUGAUUGGAGAUAUCUCGGUACCCGUCAGAUAUGAUGAGUUGAUCAUCACCAGUAAGGAUAUCAAUGUUCACUGGAAAGACAGUGGCGAGUUCAAGUUCAGUGGUUCGUACGGGAGGAUUCGGUGA